AUGGAGUCAAAGUUUCAUGCUUUUAUGUACCCAUGGUUUGGCUUUGGUCAUAUGAUUCCGUAUAUGCAUCUAGCCAACAAACUAGCUGAUAAAGGUCAUAAGGUCACUUUCUUGCUUCCCAAGAAAGCUCAGAAACAACUCCAACCUCUCAACUUGUUCCCAGACAGCAUUCUCUUCGACCCUCUUACUGUUCCUUAUGUCGAUGGUCUCCCUGUUGGCGCAGAGACAACCUCGGAUCUCCAAAGCGAGUCUAAGUUAAUCCUAUACGAUGCCAUGGAUCUUUUGCGUGGUCAGAUCGAAGUAAAGGUUCGUACUUUGAAACCAGACCUAAUCUUCUUCGAUUUUGUUGAUUGGAUUCCAGAUAUGGCUAAAAACCUUGGAGUCAAGAGUGUGUGUUACCAGAUCGUAUCCGCAGCUUUUGUAGCUAUGUUUCUUGCUCCUGGCGCUGAAUUAGGGUUUCCUCCACCAGGUUAUCCUUCUUCGAAAGUGCCAUUGCGUGGACAUGACGCUAACCUCUAUUCUCACUUCGUGAAUACCCGCCAAAUGUUUUUUGAUCGGGUCACCAGAUGCCUUAAGAACUGCGACAUCAUUUCCAUCAGGACAUGCGCAGAGAUUGAAGGUAAAUCAUGCGGUUUCAUCGAAACACAAUGCCAGAAAAAAGUUCUCUUAACCGGUCCGAUGUUCCCUGAGCCGCAAGCAAAGAGAGUCAAACCACUAGAAGAUCAAUGGAAUAAUUGGUUGAACGGAUUCGAACCAGGGUCGGUGGUGUAUUGUGCGUUGGGAACCCAUUGCUUUCUCGAAAAAGAUCAAUUCCAAGAGCUCUGUUUAGGACUGGAGCUGACCGGUUUACCGUUUUUGGUGAGGGCUAUGCCGCCGAGAGGCUCAUCAACGACUCAAGAAGCGUUACCAAAAGGGUUCGAAGAGCGGGUCAAAGGGCGUGGAACCGUUUGUGGAGGAUGGUUGGAACAGCCUUUGAUAUUGUCCCAUGGAUCAGUAGGUUGCUUUGUGAACCAAUGUGGGUUUGGUUCAAUGUGGGAGUCUUUGGUUAAUGAUUGUCAGAUUGUGUAUAUUCCACUAUUGGCUGAUCAAGCUCUCACCACAAGAUUGAUGACUGAAGAAUUCCAAGUCUCUGUGAGAGUGCAAAGAGAAGAUUCUGGAUGGUUCUCGAAGGAGAGCUUGAGAGAUGCGGUUAACUCUGUGAUGGAUAAAGAUAGUGAGAUUGGGAAAUUAGUGAAAAGGAAUCAUAAGAAGUUGAAAGAAACUUUGGUUUCUUCUUUUUGCUCUCUUAAGGAAAUGGGGUCAAAGUUUCAUGCUUUUAUGUACCCAACGUUUGCUUUUGGCCACAUGAUUCCAUAUGUUCAUCUAGCAAACAAACUAGCUGAGAAAGGUCACAAGAUCACUUUCUUGCUUCCCAAGAAAGCUCAGAAACAACUCGAACAUCUCAGUUUGUUCCCAGAGAGCAUUGUCUUCGACCCUCUUACUCUCCCUCCUGUGGAAGGUCUCCAUGCUGGCGCCGAGACACUCUCGGAUCUCCCAAACGCGGCUGGGAAAGUUAUAUCUGAUGCAAUGGAUCUCUUACGCGAUCAGAUCGAAGCAAAGGUUCGUGCUUUAAAACCAGACCUAAUCUUCUUCGAUUUUGUUUAUUGGAUUCCAGAAAUGGCGAAAGAGUUUGGAGUCAAGAGUGUGAGUUACCAGAUCGUAUCCGCAGUUUUUGUUGCUAUGGCUCUUGCACCCGGCGCUGAAUUAGGGCUUCCCCAAUCAUCAGGUUAUCCUUCCUCGAAAAUGGCGUUACGUGGACAUGACGCUAACCUCUAUUCUCUCUUCGCCAAUUCCCACCAAAGGCUUCUUGGUCGGAUCACCACAGGUCUAAAGAACUGCGAUGUAAUUUCCAUAAGAACAUGCGCGGAACUCGAAAGUAAAUAUCUUGGUUUCAUCGAAAGAGAAUGUCAGAGAAAAGUUCUCUUAACCGGUCCGAUGCUCCCUGAGCCGCAAGAGAAAAGUGGCAAGGCACUAGAAAAUCGAUGGAACCAUUGGCUGAAUGGAUUCGAACCAGGCUUGGUAGUGUUUUGUGCGUUUGGCACCCAGUUCCUUUUCGAGAAGGACCAAUUCCAAGAACUCUGUUUAGGAAUGGAGCUUACAGGUUUACCGUUUUUAAUAGCGGUUAAGCCGCCGAGAGGCUCGUCAACUAUUCAAGAAGCGUUACCAGAAGGGUUCGAAGAGGUGAAAGGGCGUGGAAUGGUAUUGACCACGAGAAUGUUGGCUGAGGAACUCGAGGUCUCUGUGAAGGUGCAAAGAGAAGAUUCCGGGUGGUUCUCUAAAGAGAGCUUGAGAGAUGCGGUUAAAUCUGUGAUGGAUAAAGAUAGUGAGAUUGGAAAUUUAGUGAGGAGAAAUCAUAAGAAAUUGCAAGAAACUUUGGUUAGUCCUGGAUUGUUGAGUGGUUAUGCUGAUAAGUUUGUUGAAGCACUGGAGAAUGAAGUCACCAACACAAAAUCGUCUUAA